AACCAAGUGCGAUGGCCGGACUUGCUUUAGUCGUUUUUCUUCUGGUGAAGAGUGCAAAUUGUGCUUUCUUCGACUUGACGGAUGUUGACGAUCCUUUAUCGCUGCUCUGGCAUACCAAGGAUUCGAUUACUGCACCCAAAAGCUCAUGCAAUGUCAUUCUCGACGAUGGUACUUCCAUAACGGGGUCUUGCAAACACAAAACUCAGUGUCUGUUGUCGGGAGGACAAGUUCAUUUUAAUGGACAAUGUGGAUUUUUUACAACCUGUUGCACUCAAAAAACGGACUGUUCGCGUAGAACUCGAUCAAAAGUGUCUCAUUUUACCAAUCCUGAGAACGUAGUAGAAGAGUGUGAAUAUGUUGUAGAGGUUGAAAAUGACAAUAUUUGCCAAAUGAGGAUAGAUUUUGAAAACUUUCAACUAUCCCCUUCAGAAAGACGCCCCCUUCCCCCCAUCAACCCAACCAACCAAGUCUAUCACAGAAUCUGUCGCGCAGACUACUUGACCGUCAGCCCACGAACAUACUACGUUCCUGAAUAUUUCUGCGGCAAUAAUGACAAUCAACAUGUUUAUGUACAUUUAAACAAACAAAGACAAGUCACAUUACACAUGCAUUUAGCAAACAGAAAUAUCACACAAGACCCUAACGUUAUACACAACCCUCGUUGGAAAAUUAAGAUAACUCAAUUGGAAUGUCCAGGACCUCAAAAUUUUUUCACCAAGCAUAAAAAUUUCAACGCCCAAACUGAUUUCAAACUAUUAGCCCCAGAAGGAGCGACGCAAUUUUUUAUGGCACCAAGUGGCCGCGUUAGAUCUUUCGGUUUUGACGGUGCCACACAAAGUGAGUAUAUCAGCGGUCUCAAUUACUCCAUUGCCUUCAAAAUAAAUCCACGAGUUAAUUGCAUUAGGUUUACUACAAAUUAUAUAACUUUACGUCAAAGUCUCGCGACUGCUGACCCUGGAUUUUGUAUAGACUAUUUAUUUAUUCCAGAACUAGUAACUGGAACGACUGAUGUUACUAAUUAUGAUUCGAAAGUCUGUUCCAGACUUGAAACAAUACCGCAAACUCCACAAAUUUUUUACUCUUACGGACCUGGACCAUUUCUUAUUCAUUUUGUGUCACAAACUUCAUUCACAGAGGCGCCUCUUCUCACUUUAGUACAUGCUUUUGAUAUCAACUAUGAAAUUACUUCUUGCAAUUAACUAUUAACAAAAUACUUGAACUUGUAAUUGUAAGAUUGUUUCUGUAAUUUAAUAUUUUCGGUAAAUAUUAAUUGAAUUAUUUUUAAAUAA